AUGAUUGUGGAUGGCAUGAAAGAGGUGGAAAUUGAAUUGGAAGAUGUGGAAUUGGAAAUCCGAUACUGGGAUACGGCGUUAAUCAUGUACGCCAUAGGAAGAAAUCUGAGUAUGAAUGUUGUAAAGAACUAUAUGAGGAAGAUGUGGUCAUUUGUGGCGCUUCCAGAAAUGUUCUACAACGAGGAAGGCUACUUCAUUAUGAGGUUCAAGACAGAGACAGAACGUGAUGAGGUGAUGAUGAAGGGGCCAUACACGAUUCAAAAUAUGCCCAUGGUGAUAUUGGAAUGGAGGCCAGAUUUCUCGAUGGAGAGAGAUAUGCUACACACUGUGCCAAUCUGGGUAACUCUGCCUCAGCUACCGCUGCACCUCUGGGGAGAGAAAAGUUUGGGGAAAAUUGGUAGUGUCAUUGGCAACCCGCUAUACACAGAUGAAUGCACUGCUGGAAAGCUUAGAGUCACAUAUGCACGCAUUCUUAUUGAGGUGGAUGUUACGCAAAAACUAUGUGAAGAGAUUGUGAUCAAGGACUAUGGGGGGAAUAAAAGAAAACAAGCAGUUGAAUAUGAAUGGCGACCAAAGUACUGUGAAAAGUGUCAAAAGGUGAGGCAUGUUUGCAACACAGAGAAGAAACCUAUAGUACAAGUUUGGAAACCAAAAGCAGACAACAAAGGAAAUGAAGGUGAACCUAGCAGAAAGCAUAAUGAUGUUAUCAGCCCUACAAAUGAGAAUCUGCAGAGCCCUGUUAUGGAAGUAGCAUGUUCAGAGAGCCCCAAAGGAAGAACUGAAGUCCGUUAUGAAGAGAAGGGCCUAUGGACUGUUGUGAAGAAUGGAAAGCGUGACAAUGAGACUAUAGUAAAAAGUGGAAAAGCAGACAAUUGUAGAAAGAGGCUUGGUAAUAAUUGGAAUGUUAUUAAUAACUACAAACAUCAUGACAAUGGUAGAAUUUGGAUUGUGUGGGAUCCAAAGAGAGUUAAUCUUGAGGAGAUCACUAUGACUGAGCAAAUGAUUCACUGUAGGAUGUACAAUGUGAGAGGGGUGCAGGAUAGAAUUGGUGGUAAAGAGGUGAAGGAACAUGAGUUCAAAGAUCUCAGGGACAUGAUGGAGGAGACUGGUUUGUUUGAUAUAGAGAGACAAGGUGAUAAAUUUACUUGGUUCAAUAAACAUACUCAGGAUCCCAUCUACUCUUGUAUUGACAGGGUACUAGGAAAUAUUGAAUGGAUUCAACAAAAUCAUAAUAAGACUGUGCAUACUAUGGAGCCAGGUAUUUCUGAUCAUGCUUUGAUUUAUAUUAAAGAUGAUGCAGUGAGAAAGAAGGCUAGGAAGUGCUUCAGAUUUCUAAAUGCUGUAACUAGUAUGAAUGGGUACCAGGAAGCUAUAACAAAGAGUUGGCAUAGGCAUGUUAAGGGAUCUCAACAUAAACAUCUUUGGAACAAGCUCAUUAGAUUGAAAGCUGUGGUGAGAGGACUGGGUAAACCUCUUAUUGGUAUAAAGAGGCAGAUUGAUCAAUGUAGAGAAAAGUUGACUAUAGCUCAUAAUGACAGGAUAGAAUGA